AUGAUGAUCGAAAAAGCUAAAAUAGAAGCAGAAAAACAGAAGAUGUUAGCUGAAUUAGAUGCUAAUCUCUACGUCCUGAAGACACAGAGGAGCGCCACAGCCGCCUCAGCAGAAGCAGCAGUCUACGAGGCAGCCGCAGUGGAUGAGAAGGAUCCUCUCUCCGACUUGGUCCAGAUCUUGCCUCAGGACACCGCUCAACGCACCAGCGAGUACGUGCAGGCCCACUACAACGACCCACAGCAGAAAGCUUCGGUCCCGCAGCCGCCUGACACCACCUCCAACGCACGAGCACCAUCUCCACCGCCUCCAGCCUCUGUAGCACCAGAUCCAGUUCAGUGGUACCCGCUUCCUACAGAGUCAAAUCUCCAUAAUGUUUUGUUUAAAAAUGAGAGGCUGGACCUGCUCUGUCUGCAGUUCUCUCCUGCGCUCCGCAAGUCUCUCCCCAGGGUCGCAAGCAGGUCUCUUAUGGGGCCCAGGCACUCAUAA